AUGGCUAUUAAGAAACCAAUCAAUGUCAAGCAACUCUCUGAUAAGCUAGGAGUGACGAUCUCACCGGAGGAUCCUGGCACUAUAUUUCAGAGACAGGAACGAUUGGGACGUGGAUCGUUUGGUCAGGUGUUUAAAGCGAUCAAUAUCAACGACGGCACUGUAGUGGCCAUCAAAAUCAUAUCGCUCGACGACCAAGAAGCAAUCAAAGACGUCCGAAAGGAGAUAUCGAUACUGUCAGAGUGCAACGACACCAACAUCGUCCAGUACUAUGGCAGUUACUUUAAGGAUCACCAACUCUGGAUUGUCAUGGAGUAUUGUGGUGGUGGUUCUGUUGCCGACCUCGUUCAGGUCGUCGAGGUGCUGAGUGAAGACGAAAUCUCACUCAUCUGUCGUGAAGCACUCAAAGGACUACAAUACCUACACAACUGUAAAAAGAUACAUCGUGAUAUCAAAGGUGGAAAUAUAUUAUUAAAUGAUAAAGGUGAAGUUAAAUUAGCUGAUUUCGGUGUUAGUGCACAAUUGUUUAGUACAUUCUCAAAGAGAAAUACAUUUGUUGGCACACCCUAUUGGAUGGCACCAGAGGUUAUACAGGAGAAUAAGUAUGAUGGAAAAGCCGAUGUUUGGUCACUGGGUAUCACUGCUCUCGAGAUGGCAGAGACUAUUCCACCCAAUGCAAAUGUACAUCCAAUGCGUGUUAUUUUCAUGAUUCCCAGAGAGGAUCCACCCACCCUACAGAAUAGAGAAAAGUGGAGUCCAAAGUUUCAUGAUUUCCUUUCGAAAUGUUUAACUAAAGAUCCAAUGCAAAGACCUACUUCUGAAGAGUUAUUAAAGCACGAAUUUGUUCAAACCAAUAAAUCUAUAAGUAUAUUGGGAGAUUUAAUAGAGAAACGUAGACAUAUAUUGAAUUCAGCAGAGUUUUACGAUGAUGAAGAGGAGGAGGAUGCUGGAUACGUUGAGAAGAAUAGCGAUGAUGAAGAGAACUACUCAACUGUGGUUACAAAGGAAGACACUGCAAACUACUCGACUGUGGUCACCAAGGAUGAGAAUUACAAUAAUGCCAAUAACAAUCAUACUGGUAAAGAGAAUAAUAAUAGUAGUGGUAGUAACAGUAGCAGCAGCAGCAACAACAACUAUUCAACUGUAAUUAGUAAAGACGAUAAUGGAAACUACUCUACCGUUGUAACCAAGGACGAAAACUAUAGUAACUACUCCACUGUUAUAUCAAAGGAUGAUAGCUAUUCGACCGUGGUAACCAAAGACGACAAUGGUAACUACUCCACUGUAAUAUCAAAGGAUGAUAUCUACUCGACUGUAGUCACCAAAGACGAUGCCGGCUUCUCAACUGUUGUCAGUAAAGAUGAUCUGUACAACAAUAACAGCCAUAGCAGUGGUGGUGGUGCGAGUAACGGUAAUAUUAAAAAGGAAUCUAAUGGUAACGGCAACGGUGUAAGCUCACCGAGUGUUGUUAAAAAGUUAAUCAAUCAAAAUAACAAUAAUAACAAUAACAAUAUUAAUGUUGUUAAACAACAACAACAUCAACAACAACAACAACAACAAAAUGGUAAUGGAUCGACAUCAUCUGUAGAUGUAUCGUUAUCUCAACAGAAACCAAUAUCACUGAAACCACCUCUUACCAACGGCAGCAGUAGUAAGGCAUCACCUUUGAAAUCAAAUAAUAGUAUAACCAAUAGCAAUAGUAACAGUAGAGACCAGCUAUUAAAGACUAGCAACAACAACAACAAUAUCAAUAUAACACCCAAACAACCUUUAACACCAGUCUCUAAACACAAUUUACAAAACAAACCAUUGUCACCAAUCACCAGAAAACCAUCGACACCUGUAUCACAACAAAAAUCAAAAUCAAAAGAACCAAAAGAAACAUUGUCAGAGAGUCUACAUGCAAUCUAUCGAAGUGAUUGUACAAUCCAAAUACCAUUUUUAACUUUGAAUAGUUUGUCUACAGAUUUCCUUUUGAACAAUGAACCAAAACAUAAUGAUUAUAGUGGAACAUUAAGUGAUCUAUGUCCUGAUUCUUUGUUAGAAUCUAGUAGAUUGGCAUUCAAUAUAUCAGUAGGAAAUUUAAUUAAAUCACUUACCUAUCAUAAGGAUAGACAAGAGAAUGUUUUAUUUACUCCAAAGGAAUCGUUACAAAACACAAAAGUAGUUGGUGAUUUAAGUUCAACUCAAGAUUCCAUUUCAACAAGUUGGAUUGAAUAA